GGGAGCCGGACGAUGCGGUGCACGUCCUGCAGAGAUGGGUCACCAUCUUUCACGGUUUCAGCUGGUCCCCUUGGUGGAAGAGGAUGCGGCCCAUCACGCACGUCAUGGGUCCCGUCAUGGACUUGCUGAGGCGGAUGGACGGUAACGGUCAGUUCAUGUCCCUCAUUGUAAAGAGGACUCGGGAUCUUGCAUGCCUCAUGCGGGACGCUUGCGCCCCUCUUGGCUCGUCCUUUUCUGACCACGUCAUGAGGCGUGUGCAGGCCCGUAUACAACACAUGAUGGAGCUUGCACACUGCGCGGCGUUCUUACUAAACCCCCGUCGGCGGGAUAUUCAGUACUUCUCCACGCAGCUCGACGAGUACCACACUUGGCUUGUUUGGCAAGCCAAGAGGUAUUUGUUGUCUCAGACGGGCUUCGACGAGUCGGGUGCUCGUUACCUUGAGGUAUGUCGGCAGUUCGAGGACUUCCACAUGCAGCAGGGUAGGUAUGGGACUUGGGGCGGGGGAGAGGGCCGCGCUCGAGCGCGUAGUUGCAGCGGGGACUUCGAGACGAUGGAGUGUGCGUCGUGGUGGUCUCAAUAUGGGGGAGAUGCACCUGAUUUACAGUAUUGCACCCUCCGUGUGAUGCACAUGUGGUCUUGCGCCUCUCCAGCGGAGAGGAACAGGGCGGUCUACGAGGGCAUCCACACGAAGAAGCGCAAUCAGUUGGCCUUUAAGAAGGUCGUCCAUCUUGUUGAGAUCAUCGCAAAUGUGCGGUUGAUGGAGUAUAGACGUGCAAAUUGUGGAUAUGUCCUCCCUUGGCAGCGAGACGAGGGUAUGCUUCACGCUCAGGCGGGAUUGGAGGUGGGGCCUGUGCGGUCGGGGACGAGGAGUGGGAUGACGGAGGAGGAGAUCGAGGAGCAGGUUGCCCUCAUGACGCGUGAUCCCAUCGGGGCCUCUGCACCGCCCCCUGUUGAGUCUGUUUUAAGUGCUUGUGCGGCUAUCUUUCGUCUAUACCCCAGGGAUGAUGCCUCUGAGGACGAGAGGGAGACGGAAGCAUUGGACGACCCCGCGCUUCCCAUCCUGUGCGGGAUUAACGAGUUGCACGAGGAGGGCGACGAGGAUGACGAGAGGACGCACACCGCGCGGGGGGUCGAGAGAAAGGAGGCCGUGGUGAGGGUGCAUGAUGGUGAGCAGGUUGAGAGAGUGGAAGGCGUGCUGCCGGCGCAGGUUGAAAGAGAGGAGGACGUGGUGAGGACACAGGUUGCGAUAGACGAGGACAUGGAGAGGCUGGAUUAUAGUGCGCAGGUUCAGAGAGAGGAGGGCGUGGUGGGGGCGCAGGUAGAGAGAGAGGAGGACGUGGUGAGGCCGCAAGUUGAGAGAGAGGAGGGUGUGGCAGGGGUAGAUGAUGAUGCGCAUGUUGAGAUAGAGGACAAUGUGGUGAGGGCAGAUGCUGGUGUGUUGUUUGAGAGAGAGGAGGGUGUGGUUGGGGGGGACGUCGCCCAUGGCAGAGGAGAGGGAAGCGACAACCUUGACCCGAUCGUCCAGUGUUUCAUCGCUAACGAGAUGGGUCCCGCACUAGAGGGUUUGACCCCGGGCACGAUGAGGGCACUGGGGGCAUCGCCAUCAAGAGGGAGGGGGGCUUCAGGGAUGGGGAUGCGAGAUUUCAUGGAGGUUUCUUUGGGGGAUCCUCCCAGCCCUCGUUACGCAGAGCUGUGUGUCCGAUUUUGAAUUCAACGCGGGUUCCACGUUGAAAAAUUUAACGCGCGUUGAAUUCGUGUUAAACUCCCGUUCAAACGCGC